AUGUCGAGAACCACGAGGAAGAGCACGCCAAGAGUGAGGACUGGAUGCCAGACAUGUCGACGGGCCCGCAAAUGCGACGGCUACGCAGCACGAACGCCCAGCAGCGUUCUGCUCUCACCGCAAACCUCCGAUGACGAGGUCGCCGGCCGCCGGUCGCCGCUGGGCCUGGCGGCCAUCAAGGCCUACUCGAUCCCGUUCCGCAUGCCCGGCAGCCAGCGCGACCGGCAGCUCCUCCACUACUUCUGCGUGCAGGGGGCGAACGAGUUCGCGGGCUUCGUGCCCAACGAGUUCUGGUCCAGGACGGCGCUCUACGCGAGCCAGAACGAGACGAUUGUGCGGCAGUCGCUCAUCGCGCUGAGCGCGCUGCACCUCGACCUCUCGAACGGCGGCGCCGACCGCGCGGCUCGCACGCUCCUGGCCCAGCACGGCGUGCUGCAGAUGCUGCUCUCGUCCAAGGUGCCCGAUCGGCCGCAGGUCUUUGGUGAGGUGCCGAACCGCACGGCCGAGGGACUCGUUCAACUAUGUGAUGACGUCCUGCGCCUGGACGUUUCGGGCCCUGUGGCCGAGGCGGCGGCGACUGCGGGCCCUGCGCCGAAGUCGUGGACUCUAUCGUCCGAGACUGGUGUCGUGGUGCCGCUCUUUCUGGUGGCGAUGAAGUGCGCGGACGAACGCGUGACGGCGAGAGCGGUCGAGCUGCUCGCCGCUUCAAAGAGGAGGGAGGGCCUCUAUGACGCCGUGGCGGUCGCGAGCCUUGUCGGCCAGCUCAAGUGCGUCAUGAACCAGAGGCGACAGCAGUCGGAGGAACUCGGCCUCGGGAGCAGCCAGGAGGAUGCUCUGGAGCAUUGGGUCGCUGACCUGCUCGACCAGGCGCCUGGAGGGCCCAGUACAAUGACGGCUAUGUUGGAUUGA